AGUGCAGGCAAUCGAGUUUUCGGGUCGGUUCAGUUUAUUCGGUUUUCGGGUUAUUCCGGUUGGGAUGUUUAAGAAUCGUUUAGAAACCGGACAUUUUUCGGCUUGGUUUGGUUCAGAUAAUGUCAGGUCAAUAAUUUAGGUUUGGUUUGGGUUUAAAGCAAAAAGAAAACCAGAUUUUUUUUGAAAAUCCGAGUUAAACCCAAAAACACCAAAACAAUAUUCUAGUAAUUCAUGUAGUUCGUUUUUUUGAAUUUUUUUUUAUUUCUAAAUUAUAUUUUAUAUAUAUUAAAAUUAAAAAUAGUUAAUAUUUUUAAUAUAUUCAAUAUAUUUGGUUACCCAUUCGAUUUUCGGUUGCGUUCCGGUUAAGUUUCGAUUUUUCGGAUUUAGAAAUAUAGAAACCGUUCGGAUUUUUGUAAUUUUUGGUCCGAUUUUGGUCUCGGGUUUUCGGAUAAUAUGUCCACGACUACAUGGGACAAUAUCGUCUCUGUAGCUUACAUUCGACCCUUUUCGAGGACUACACGAUCUGUCUCUCUCUCUCUAAUUCAAUCUCUCUCUCUAAAAAAAAGCUUCAAUCUUUUCUCUCUUUAUUUGAAAUUAAAAGGUUGAACCUCUACCUUUUUUCUUCUCUUUCAGCUGAAUCUAAAAUGGACGAUCAUCAUCCUCAGUACGGUGUACCUGAGCUCCGGCAGCUCAUGCAAGGCGGAGGGAGGACGACUACGACGGAAUCACCGUCGACAUCUUCUCAUUUUCCCUCUGACUUCUUUGGCUUCAACCUAGCUCCGGCUGCGCCGCAACACCACCGACUACAUCAGUUCACUACAGAUCAGGAGAUGGCCAUCUUACCACGUGGCAUACAUGGACUCGGUGGGGGUUCUUCGACGGCUGGAAAUAACAGUAACUUAAACGCGAACAGCAGCGGUGGAGCAGUUGGGUUUAGCGGGUUUCUCGAAGGAGGAGGUUUCGGCGGCGGCGGGAGAGGAGAUGCCGGAGGAACGGGGAGAUGGCCGAGACAAGAAACCCUAACUCUGCUGGAGAUUAGAUCUCGUCUUGAUCAUAAAUUCAAAGAAGCUAAUCAAAAGGGACCUCUAUGGGAUGAAGUUUCUAGGAUUAUGUCUGAGGAACAUGGAUACCAAAGGAGUGGGAAGAAAUGCAGAGAGAAGUUUGAGAAUCUUUACAAAUACUAUAAGAAGACUAAAGAAGGCAAAGCCGGAAGACAAGAUGGUAAACACUAUAGAUUUUUCCGGCAGCUAGAAGCGCUCUACGGUGAUUCCAACAACUUGGUUCCUUGUCCCAGUCAUAACACACAGUUCAUGAGCAAUGCUCUUCUUGGCUUCCACACUCAAAACGUCAUGAACGUUACUACAACAACGUCUAACAUUCAUAACGUUGAUAGCGUGCAUGGUUUUCAUCGUCAAAGCCUAAGCCUUUCUAACAACUACAACUCCUCCGAGCUGGAGCUGAUGACUUCGUCUUCUGAGGGGAAUGAUUCUAGUAGCAGAAGGAAAAAGAGGAGUUGGAAAAAUAAGAUAAAGGAGUUCAUUGAUAUGAACAUGAAAAGGUUGAUAGAAAGGCAAGAUGUUUGGCUUGAGAAGUUGACAAAGGUUAUUGAAGACAAAGAGGAACAAAGAAUGAUGAAAGAAGAGGAAUGGAGAAAGAGUGAAGCCGCUAGGAUCGAUAAAGAGCAUUUGUUUUGGUCUCAAGAGAGGGAGAGGAUGGAAGCUAGGGAUGUGGCGGUGAUUGAGGCUUUGCAGUUUUUGACCGGAAAGACGUUGGUAAAGCCGUUAUGUUCAUCCCCGGAGGAGAGGAUUAAUGGUACUAAUGAGAUCCAAAACAAGAGUGAGGAUCAGAAUGAGAAUGAAAGCGACCAAACAAUGACUAACAAUGUUUCUGUUGAACGAAGUGGUAGCUGCUGGAAUGAGCAAGAGAUCAUAAAGCUUAUGGAGAUAAGAACUAGUAUGGAGUCAGCGUUUCAAGAGAUAUUGGGAGGAUGCUCGGAUGCUUUUUUAUGGGAGGAAGUCUCAGAGAAAAUGUCUCAGUUAGGGUUUGAUCAGAAAAGUGCCUUGUUAUGCAAGGAAAAGUGGGAGUGGAUAAGCAAUGGAAAGAAGAAAAUCACCAAGAAAAGGAAGGAGAAAUCGUCGAGCUGCGGCGUUUACUAUCCAAAAACAGAAGAAAAUACGAUCUAUAACAAUCAAGCAAGUGGAUAUAAUGCUAAUGAUCAGCAUCAUCAGAUGAAUGAAAGAGCCAAUGUGGGUUCUUCAACAUCAACUGCAAACGCAGCCGCUGGAAAUCCGAGUGGCGCAAUGGCCGCUAGUACAAACUGCUUCCCGUUCUUCAUGGGAGAUGGAGACCAGAAUCUGUGGGAGAGUUAUGGUUUAAGGCUAAAUAAAGGAGAGAAUCAUCAGUGAGUAAUUACUUUCCAACGAUGAAGAGCGCCCAAGAAUAAAUGAAGGGUUAUAUAUAGUGUUGAAAUGGUGCUCUGGAAUUUGAGAAAGGGACGACAAAACAUGAUCUAAAGCUUUUUGUAUUUAGUCACUGAGAACAUUUGAAGUUGGAAACUUGUCUUAAAUAGUUCGUAAUACAUAUAUCAACAAAAUAUCUCCCACAAACUAAAACAAAUUUCCGGGGGACUGAAUUAACAAAUAUUUUGAUGAGUUAUAUCUUAUAUGAAGGAAUUGUUAGAGCCAACAUCAAUGAUUUUCUAUGGAAGAAUACAGUCGAGAACCCAUUUUCAAAAAAAAAGAAUACAGUCGAGAACAAUAACAUAUAUACGAACCAAACGGUUCUUGUCCACUGGUUUCACAAUAUCACAUGUUAAUGUCGAUCGAGAGUAGUUGAGACCGACAAUAAUUU